GCCUCUGCGGGCCGGCUGGCCGCACCACCCAGACCCUAUAAGGCCUGGGAGUGCGAGCAGAGCCAGCUGCCAGCUGCAAAGUCUCCCUCCGAGGGCGACCAACAAGUCUGGAGAGCAAGGCUUAGCUGCCCAAGACGCCAGGCCCAGCUACUCAGAUUGCUGUCAUGUCUGCUCCGGAGCAAGGGGGCCAGGACCCCCCCAAACCCAAGGGCAAGACCCUGGGCAGCUUCUUCUCAUCCCUGCCCGGCUUCAGCUCUGCCCGGAAUCUGGUGGCUGGUGCCCACGGUGCCAUGAAAGAGGCCAGGCCGGCCGCCGCCCCCACAGGUCCCUCUGGCUGUGAGGCUCAAGCGACCACUGAUCCAGAAGCCAUGGCCAGGGCCACGGAGAAGCUGCCACAGCCUUCAGAAAAGCAGAUGCCCAGAUCCAAGGAUGCCGUCUCCUCUGGGGUGACCAACAUGGUGGAUGUGGCAAAGGGGGUUGUCCAGGGAGGCCUGGACACGACACGAUCGGCACUCAUGGGCACCAAGGAUGCAGUGGCUGGAGGGGUCAUGGGGGUGGUGGGCAUGGCCAAAGGGGUCGUGCAAGGGGGUCUGGACACCACGAAGUCUGUGGUAAUGGGCACCAAGGACACAGUGUACACUGGACUCACAGGGGCAGUGAACGUAGCCAAAGUGGGGUGA